ACGCUGUCAAACCGGAGGUUUGUUGAUUCCGCAUUUUGCAUCGAUUCUUGCCUCGCCAAUUCACACUUGUCACCUUUCUGGCGUAUCACGUUAGGACAAAUUAGUUGCAAUAGGAUCAGCUUACAGCAGUUUGCGGAGGGGUGCGAUGGAGGAGGAAACCACUUUGCAAAGUAUGACUGAAGGUGUUGAUAUGAUGGAGAUUGCAGAGGAAGUUGUUGGUGAAGAUGUUGGGUUGGACGAGGAGGACGAGGAAGAGAUGACGAACGAGCUACUUUACGAGGAGGAGGUGAUUCAAGAGGAGGACGUCGUUGACAGAGGGGGCGAAGGGGAUUGUGACGACAAGGAAAAUGCAGAAAGUGACGUCGCCGACACGGAGUUUCUUGAGGAUGAAAAUGGUGUUAUGAUGGAAAUUACGAGGCGACGAAUAUCACAGGACCGUGAAGGGAAUUGUUACUGUGCGAAGGAUCGUAACCUGAAUAUUGCAGAAUUACUCUGCGCAUCUUGCAAUCGUUGGUUUCAUGAAUCCUGCAUUGGUUAUCAAUUAGGAAAAUUGGUCCCAUUCAUGACAAAUUAUGUGUUUAUGUGCAAAAAUUGUUCACCAACGGGAUUAGAAUCGUUCAGGAGGAGUCAAGCACAAUUCUCUCAAAUGUGCUUUACUGUUUUGGCAAAUUUGACGCAAUACGCUGUCAAAGAUGGGAGCAAUAGAAGGUUGUUUUCCAAAGAUAAGGAUAUUAUCCCUUUUCUGGAAAUGCACUGGGAUGCUCUCACAACAACAACCAGACGCGUUACAUCCUCAUGGCAUUCUACGGUUCUAAAAACUUUAACAAAAGAUGUUGGGCCUCUUUAUAUCAUUGAUGAAGUGCUAGACGACCCUCUUGGUCCAUAUUUUGGAUUAGCCUCAUCUGAUCUCACAACCAUUAAACCAAACUAUGAUGCUAUGAUUAAAACUGGCCAUUUGAAAGUGAAUGAUCCAUCAAGUGCAGGAGCAGGUGCAGCUUUGCGUGGUCGAGGUUCAAAGAGGAGAAAUGUAAUGGAAGGCGCUAUCGUGAGUCAAGGCACCAUUGCAAAGAAAACAAGGGGAGAUGUUUUCAGUUCCAAAGCAUUCCAUGGAUAUCCACCCGACCAUCCUUACAAUAAAGACAACUUUAGAUACUUAUUAGCAGAACCAGACCCAAAUGCACCUUUCCGGCAAGAAUUUGAUGAAAGUAGUGAUGGGGCAGGCAAACCAAUUCCAGGAUUUUUAUACCGAGUUCUUGUACCAUGUUCGGUGCUAUUAGCUCUUCACGAUCGGGCCCCGCAGCUCAAAAUCUCAGACGACAGAUUAUCUGUGACUGGAGAUAAGGGUUACUCCAUGGUUAGAGCUACUCAUGGCGUUAACCGAGGAGCAUGGUACUUUGAAGCCACAAUAACUGAUCUUCCUGAAGGAGGAGCCACAAGGUUAGGAUUUGGCCAGGCGCAGGCUAAUCUUCAAGGGCCUCUAGGGUACGACAAGUUUGGCUACUCGUGGCGCUCGCGCUAUGGAACUGCCUUCCACGUAGCAAAAGGAAAAUCAUUUUCAAAGGGUGGAUACGGGUUAGGAGAUGUCAUUGGGCUCCUUAUUGUACUGCCAGAGAAAAAUAAUAAAAAUGCGCUGAUCCCUGACUCGUUUAAAGACAAGCCCCUUGUUCGAUUUAAGUCGCAUUUAUAUUAUGAAGAGAAAGAUGGUGCAGAAGCCUCUAAAAAGGAUGAUGCUGUACUUCCCAUUCACCAAUCUUCAAUGAUAAUUGGUUUCAAAAAUGGAGUUUGUCAAGGGGCUGCCUUCCAAAAUAUAUCUGAGGGUACUUAUUAUCCCACGAUAUCUCUUUAUAGAAAUACAGUUGUACGUGUGAAUUUUGGUCCGGAACCUUGGAUGAAACCUGACACUGAAAUUGAUUAUAAAAUGAUAUCCGAAAAAGCGGAGCAAGCAAUUGUAGAACAAACCGUUGCUGAUUUGGUCUUCCUCACCGAGUUCGAUGGAAAAUUAACACUAGAUAAUUAUAUUCAUACGCAGAGUUAGAACGAUCUGCGCUUAUUUUAAGCCGAGCCAUAGCUGUGGAAUGGUUACGUAUUUACAUCAUCUAACUGUCCGUCCAUCUCAAGAAAGACAGAGUGGUCCACAUUGGGUUUCAAAAUUAAGACAGAAACAAUGAAAACGACUACUGGCUCAGGUUAUAUGAAGUUUUGUGUUUAAUAAUAAAGAUAUAUAAUGUACGCAUAUUCUAAAUUUGGAAUUUAAUGUGUGCAUUUUACUGUUUUUAUUCAAUAA